AUGAUUCGGGGCUCGUCGGCCACGGCAGUCCAGGACGUGAGCAUGAAGGAACUGCCGGCGGGGGCCACUGCGAGCGCCCUGUCCUGCGUCUUCGAGGAUGCCACGAGGCAGCCGUGCAUCUGCGCGGGCUCGAAGGACGGGUCCCUGCGGCUCUUCGAGUGGACCACGACCAUGGUGGACGGCAGGAACGAGCUGGCGGAGGCGUCGCCGCCGCUCCUCGGGCACUCGGACCAGGUCACCGCCGUGUGCGCCGACAGCGGGCUCGGCGUUGUCGUGAGCGCGUCGCUGGACAGGACGCUGCGCGUUUGGGGCAGGUCCAUGGAAAGCAGCGGCCCCGCACGGCUGCGGCGGCGGAUCUGCCAGGGCCACACCGGGUCCAUCCGGGUGUUGUCGGCAGACCUGCACCGCGGCCGCGCGGCGAGCGGCUCCAUGGACGAGACCGUUCGCAUCUGGAGCCUGCAGGCUAACCCCGUCGGCUUCAACUCGAGCGCCGAGCCUGGCGAGUGCCUCGGAACGCUCGCGCUGCCCGCAGGCCGCGGGUCGCCGCAGGAGCUGCUCGCGUGCUUCGCCUCCGGCCAGGCGGCGGCCGUCUCGCGGUCGGGCGACCUGCUCCUGUGGGACCUGGAGCGCAUGCAGCGCGUGGCGCACGUGGGCGGGCACCGGGGCUGCGUCUUCGCGGUGCAGCUGAAGGGCCCGCCCGGCGCCGCCGGUCGCUCGCCCGCCUGGCUGCCGCGCCCCUCGCGCACGGAGGGCCCGGCCGCGGACGCCUUCGGGACAGGCUCCAAGUCAACGGCGUCCCUGAGGAGCGCGGCCGCCGACGAGCGCGACCCCAACGGCCUCGUUGCCCAGCGGCUGCCCACCGCGGCGUGGACGCGCGGGCCCGGCUGGUCGAGGUGGCCAGGCUGA